CCAGGUCCCUUCGCACUUCACAUACAGAGGCAAAUUUAGAUAAAAACAGCGUCCCGACAGGCUUCAUCACCUCAGACAGCGCUCUCGCAGCCAGACUUCGGAUCCAGAGUCACUGCAGCACGCAAGGCACACAAGAUGUCGUGGCUCGCACCGCUCACCCAGACGGAGCUGUGGACGUCGGCGGACGGCUGCUCCGCCGCCUCCAUCUUCACCACCUUGCUGAUGACCGUGGUGGCCAAGGGGAUGCGCGAGGCGCGCGCCAAGGCGGCCCGGACGCGCGACAUCGUCAGCGGCGAGUUCGACUUUGUGGUGGUCGGCGGCGGGAGCGCAGGGUGUGUGGUGGCCAGUCGCCUCUCGGAGAACCCCAACUGGAGGGUGCUGCUGCUGGAGGCCGGUUCGGAGGAAACAGAGCUCAACAUCGUCCCCGCCUUCUACAACAGCUACCUGCGCGACCCCUUCUUCGACUGGCACUACACGACGCAGAGGAGCGGCUGGGACUCGGGCCAGUUCAUCCCCCGCGGCAAGGGCAUGGGCGGCUGCAGCGCCGUCAACGCUCUGCACUUCACUCGCGGCGACCGGUACGACUUCGACAACUGGGAGAAGCUGGGCAACAAAGGCUGGGGCUACAAGGACGUGCUGCCUUUCUUCAAGAAGUCGGAGAACAUGCGCGACGCGGCCAUCGCCCAGGACACCCAGUACCACUCCACCGGCGGACCGCAGGACACUGAGUCGGACCGCUUCUCCGACCCCAACAUCGAGCGGUACUUGCAGGCCUUCCAGGAGCUCGGCUACACCAUGACCAAAGACAUCAACGGCGAGCAGCACCUCGGCCUCUCCAAGCCCCCAUCCUCGGCGGCGGGCGGCGAGCGGCGCAGCACCAACCGCGCCUUCCUGCCCGCCUCCGUGCGCGCGCGCAAGAACCUGGUGGUGCAGACGCAGGCCUUCGUCAGGAGGGUCGUGGUGUCCAGCGGGCGCGCCGUCGGCGUGGAGUACGACGGCCCCGAGGGCGUCCGCACGGCGCGCGCCACCAAGGAGGUCAUCGUGUCCGCCGGCUCCUACAACUCGCCCCAGUGCUGUUUGUGCUCGCAGGCCAGCCUCUUCAUGCGGUCCUCGCAGCAGCCCGCCGACGACCCGCGGCCCGACAUCCAGAUCGCCAUCGGCGCCACCCACGCCGACAGCGAGCCCAACCCCAAGUGCGCCUCGGACGAGACGGCCGGCACCUUCUUCAACCAGAUGCACGGCAUCGUCAACAACCUGCGCCCCAAGAGCCGCGGCGAGAUCCGACUCGACCCCCAGAACCCCUACGGCGCCCCGCUCAUCUUCCACCGAGUGUUCUCCAUCGAGGACGACCUGAAGCCCGUCAUCGAGGGCCACCAGCUGCUCGUCAAGCUCGACGAGACCUCCCAGGUGUUCAAGGACAACGGCAUCAAGCUGCACGUCGAGGUGCCCGACGCGUGCGCCAGCCUGACGUUCAACAGCGACGCGUUCUGGAGGUGCGCGUUCCAGGGCCUGGGCAAGAGCAACGGCCACCCCACCUCCAGCUGCAGCAUGGGCCCCGACUCCGACCCCCUGGCCGUCGUCAAUGAGCGCCUGCAGGUGCGCGGCGUGGCCAACCUCCGCGUCGUGGACGCGUCCAUCAUGCCCGAGGCCACCACGGCCAACACCAACGCGGCCGCCGUCAUGAUCGGGGAGAAGGGCGCGGCGCACAUCGCGGAGGACUGGACCAAGCCCGUCGACCCCACUGCCGCCCCCACUGCCCGCCCCACGGCCCGCCCCACGGCCCGCCCCACCGCCGCCCCCGCCCCCGGCACCACCUCCCUCCCCAGCUCCGCCUCCACGGCCACGGCUGCCCUGUUCCCGGCACUGCUCUGGGCCGCGGUGGCGCUCGCCCGAAACUACUAGGCAUCAUCUGGAACCGACUACUGAACCACGGCACAACCUCCAAGACUCUAUGUAAUUUAUUAUUUCGACUUAUUUAUUUAUUUUGUUUGUUAUUCUAUGACAUGUUUGAUCGCAGUCAAUAAACCAUCGAAUAACAGCUGA